AAACUGAAGUCAUCAAACGACGUUGUUUAACCAGUGCUAAAACCUCUUCCUCACCUGAGGCAAUUUAAACCUCACUGCUAAACCCUAAUCAAUUCCAUUUUUGUUUUGAUUGAUUUCAAAUUGAUAAAUAUCAACCAUUCAUUUCAGCAAUUCAGGUUUAUUUCUCUUUUAAUUUCAUUCAUUGCAGUAGUAACUAUGAGGGAGAUAGUGACAGUCCAAGUCGGAGACUUCGCCAAUUUUAUCGGCUCCCAUUUUUGGAACUUUCAGGAUGAGUUGCUGGGUUUGGCCGCUGAUCCUGGUAGUAAUCCAUUAUUUAAGAAUCAUAAUCAGUACCUUAACAUGGAUGUGCUUUAUCGAAAUGGCGAGACGCAACAGGGGACCCUUACAUAUACUCCCCGUGUAGUUUCUAUAAACCAUCAAGGGUCCCUAGGAUCAUUGAGUUCACAGGGUGCAUUAUACAAGGAAGGGCCAUCAGCUUCAUCAGCAGUUACCACAUGGACAGGCAACAUUUCCACUCAUGCAUCUGAGCCUUCAAAGAAGAAUUUGUUCUUGCAAAGUUUGGAUGAGGAAGAGCGGGGGAAUUUGAAAUGCAGUGGUAGCAACAAGGGGAAUACUGCUACACAAUCAGAAAUCCAAAAUCAGGAUAUAGUUGGAUGUUUAGAAAAUGGAGUCCAGUAUUGGACAGAUUUCUCAAAAGUGCAUUAUCAUCCGCAAAGUUUAUAUGAAUUAAGUGGAUUAUGGAUGGAUACUGAGAAAUUUGACAAUUUUGGAGCUGGAAGAGAUAUUUUCUCUGGGGGUUUACGAGGGGAAGAGAUAAGUGAGAGGCUGCGAUUUUUUGUAGAAGAAUGUGACUAUAUUCAGGGUUUUCAAUUCAUUGUUGAUGAUGCUGGAGGUUUCUCUGCUCUGGCUGCAGAUUUUUUGGAGAAUAUUGCGGAUGAGUACAGUAAUACACCGGUUUUGCUCUAUUCUGUUAGAGGUCCUGGUUCCCAUAUGAACACAAGAAGUCAGAAGCAAUCAAUUUCCAGGAAUAUUCAUGAUGCAGUUUCGUUUUCAAGACUGUCAUCCUUCUGUAGAAUGAUCAUUCCAGUUGGUUUACCGUUUCUUAGUAGAAGUGAAGCUUCGAAAUAUCUCUGCAUAGAAGACGAGAAGCCAUACCACUGCAGUGCAGUAUAUGCUGCUGCUGUACACUCUCUUAGCCUUCCCUUCCGAAUGGAAUCUAUGGGACCCACUGCAGACUCUAGUUAUUUUUCUGGUGGUAUGGAUAUUUAUGAACUUGUACACACCUUAACCACGCAAGGUAGACAGAAUAUGGCAAUUACUCUGGACGUUGCAAUGCCAGUGCAUCCUUUGGCACUAUCAGGGAAAAAAGAUGAGCAGUAUUUUCUACAAAACUUGCAUUCAUUGACUCCUCAGAUAGCAGAAGUGGAAGAUUUGCAAGCUGUGGAAUCCUUGACUGUUCAUGGAGCCUUCUCAUCAGGGGGUCGUCAAGCUUCUGUUUGUGAAGUAACAGAUACAGUUGAUGAGGCUUAUGAACAUGCAUUAAUGAGGCCAAAAUUUUCCCAUCUAUCUGUCGCUGUUUGCCCUCUUCCUAUACCCUUGCCAUUUCCUUCAAUCUUCAGCAAUAAGGUUGGCCAGCAUGGCGAGCUCUUGAGCAGUCCAGUUGCAGGGUCCACGUCAAGGGGAUCACUUGACGUCCACUCAAUCCCAAUGGCAGCUAGACUCCGUUCAAGCAAGGUGAUCCUGCCAUUUCUGGAGAAUAGACUGUUAAAUCUUCGGAAAUACGGAAUCGAGCGGGGAGCACCGGGCACUGAGUUACUCAGGAGCUGGGGAUUUGCAAAAGAGGAAUUAGAAGAAAUGGAAGAAAACAUAUACAAAAUGGUUACAACACUUGAUGAUCGUUAUCAGGGUUCCUCGGACUCGGAAUGAGUUAUGAGAAUGGUGGGAGCUAUUUACUCAAUUGCAUCAGAUUAUGCUGCCUAUUCCGAUUGUUGUUGUUGAUGUGGUCGAUUAUCUUUAUCAUCGGCGGACCUGCAUAAAAUCGUAGGCAAACAAUUACCUAGCUCAUAAAUUUAAAAUUUUGAUAAUAAUUUGAGACUAAUUGAUUCCGAUGGUGCUC